CUGCCCACUGCAAAUGUCUUCUGUAUGAACUCGUGUUGCUGUUAGAUAGCUCCAGACCCCUACACUAGCUGACUUCUCCCUUGGCUUCUCUGUGCACCGAACAAAAGGCUGAAUCCCAACAUGAGGGUGUGGAUUGUCUUCCUUUUGUGCCUGGCUGGAAAGGCCCUGGCUAAUCCAGUAGAGCAGGAGCCAGUUGAUGAGGAGGAGGUGGGAGCCAACCCAGUCCAAGUGGAGACUGGAGAGUUUGAUGAGGCCAUUGAGGUUGUGGAAGAUGUUUUUGCAGAGAACCCCUGUCUCAACCAUCACUGCAAGAAGGGCAAGGUUUGUGAGCUCGAUGAAAGCAAUGAACCCAUGUGUGUGUGCCAGGACCCUCUGACUUGCCCCGCCCCAGUCGGAGAGUUUGAGCAUAUCUGCGGCACCGACAACAAGACCUAUGACUCGUCCUGCCACUUCUUUGCCACCAAAUGCGCCCUUGAGGGCACCAAGAAGGGUCACAAGCUGCACCUUGACUACAUUGGACCCUGCAAAUACAUCGCACCCUGCCUGGACAACGAGCUGAAUGAGUUCCCCCUGCGUAUGAGGGACUGGCUGAAGAAUGUGCUGGUCACUCUGUAUGAGCGCGAUGAGGACAACAACUUACUCAGCGAGAAACAGAAACUCAGGGUGAAGAAGAUCUAUGAGAAUGAGAAGAGACUGCAGGCUGGAGACCACUCCCUGGAUCUUCUUGCCUUGGACUUCGAGAAGAACUACAAUAUGUACAUCUUCCCCGUGCACUGGCAAUUCGGCCAGCUUGACCAGCACCCCGUGGACGGGUUCCUGUCCCACACUGAGCUGGCCCCAUUGCGCGCCCCUCUCAUCCCCAUGGAACACUGCACCACCAGCUUCUUCGAGCAGUGUGAUGCUGACCAGGACAAGUACAUUGCCCUGGAAGAGUGGGCCAGCUGUUUCGGCAUCAAAGAGCAGGACAUUGACAAGGACCUUGUCAUCUAAACCAUGGCCACCAUUGAAGUUUCUUAGUUAGUCUACUAUUGGGACAAGGUGCUAACCAUUAAAUUAAAAUCAUGUUAAUGGUGCUAAUUGCAAUUUCUAAUAACCUAUGUAUACCACUAAAAUUUAAACUGUAAAAAAAAAAUGCACAGUCCACACUAACAAUCACAGUAAGUGAUAAUAACUUCCCUUUUUUUAUUUUUGUUUUCCAAUUUUGUGCAAAUGCUAAAGUUAGUUGGAGUAACUAAGCAGACGCUAGAAAGCUAUGUGCAGGGUGAUGGUAAGGUAGAUGAUGGACUUUGCAUGUGGAAAGCCUUUUGUUUUGGAAAUGGAUGCACAGAGUGAUAAAUAUUUUUCAAAGAAUCAGGGCUUGAAUUUAAUGUAAAUUAGGAGUUACUGAGGUGAAUUUGUAAAAAGAAAAAAUAAAGUUUCCAAAUAAAUGUUCUUUCUGCUUGCUUUAUAAACCUUUUAGUUUCCUUUGUUGAACUCUUUUUAUGGGGUUUACACUGUUUUGGAUGUCUGUUUAGAUUUAAAUAGCUUCUUUAAAUUUGAGCCCUGAAUAAAAAGGUCUGUUUGUUUAUUUGCCCAUUAUUUCUUGUCAAAGAAUCAGGGUACAGUGUUGAGGUUUUUUUUUAAUUUGAAAAAUAAAAGAAAAUAUUAUUUGAACUCAAAGAGGAAAGAAUCUUGCAGGAUGAGAAAUUUCUCCCUCUAACAUGUUCACGUACAUUUGCAGUAUUUGCCACAAUGUGAGCAGUAUGAACCUCUUUACAUGAAUAAAGCUACUGAGAUUCCAAACCCA